ACACUUCCUGUUUAGUUCUUAGAUUUGAUCACUUAAAAAUAUUUUCUUUAUUUUAAAUUUACAUCGAUUAUGUUAAUUGAAAUUUAUUUUCAUUUCAUUAACAUAUCUUUUAAUACUUAUUUUGUGUGUGAAAAGCCUUAAUUAAGUUUUGUUAAAAAAUGCCAUAAAUCAAUCUACAGUAACCGAGUCCAGGUGAAAGUUCAUUAUUUCAUAAUCGAUAAUGAAAAUUGCUGUUUUAGGAUGUGGUCUCAUGGGUGUAAGAAUAGCAGGUGAACUUGCAUAUCAUGGACACAGAGUUAAAAUAUUUGACAGCAAUGGGAAUGCUUUGGAUAAAGUAUUUGAACGACUGCAAGAUGAUAAAAGGAUGUUGCAUGAAGAAGGCCUGAUACCACAGGAAAAAUUUAUUGGCCAAGUGUAUUGUAUGAGUCGCCUGGAGGAAACUGUUCGGGACGCUGAUUUUAUAUUUGAAGUUAUUAUUGAGAAACUUGAUGCUAAGAAGGAUAUUUUUGAAAGAGUAUCACACUUGUGCAAAGCUGAUGCAGUGAUCGCAUCCAACACGAUGGGUCUCAGCAUUGACGAACUUACUGAGAGAACGGUUGGCAAAGAGAGAACACUGGGACUUCGCUUUUUGUUUCCUGUUUACUACAUCCCUGAGCUGGAGAUAACUCCUGGACCUAACACCUCUGCUAUCACAAUAGAAAAAGUGAGAGUGUUGCUUGAAAAAAUGGGGAAAACCCUGUUUUUCCGAUCAGGAGGAAAUCCACUGAUACUGUCAGAAGAACAAAGAGAGGCAAGGAAAUGUGCUCGUCUUGAACAGAUAAAACUGGGUGCAUAUGAAAAAUGUGUUCCUGCCCUUUCCCACCGUGGCAACAUAACUCCAAAGGCACAAGAAGAGUCUCUUGUAGCCAGUGACUUGGACCGAGACUGUGCGAUCUGCAUGGAUCGACUGCGCGACUGCUUGAUGCAGCCCUGUCACCACAUGGUCACAUGUUACGAGUGUUCCAAAAUGCUCUUCAACAGGAAAGAUGGAUGUCCAAUAUGCCGCAAAAAUAUCAAAGAACUCAUAAAAGUGUAUCAUUCCUGAUGGAUUUGUAAUUUUUUGACAAAACACUUGCACAUAUAUAGGCAAAUUCAUGACAUUGAAUAGGUUGUGUUGAUUAUGUGCUAUUUGCCUAAUUGUUAUAAUUUGAAAUAUUUUAUAUCAGUAUUUGCCUUGAUAGUCCUUUCUUUUUCUAAGGAUACAUCUUUUGUUUACAAGAUUGUUUCAGAAUUUGAUUUCAUACUUUUGAUGAGUUGGUUUAAUCAAAGGGCAAAAUGUGACAUAUCCUAUUUUACUAGUCUUUCUAUUAAAAAGAAAUACCAUUAUUUGAAGUAGAAAGAUCUAUGUUUUUUUCUAAAUUUAGAUGUACAUUGUAUUGUUAAAUAGUAAUUGUAAAUAUUAUUUAAUCAUAUGUAGGAUUGACAAUGAUGUGAUUAAUACUAAAGAAGAUGGUGAGUGAAGGUUUCAAGUAACUUGCCAACUGAACCAGAUGUAGAUUAUUGUUUAACAUCUUGUUUAAAGAGAAAAUCAUAGCAAUAUUUAUAACUAUACUUCAUACAAGUGAAGUCUUUAUGGAGGUUCAGAAUAUGACAAUUUUUCUAAAUAUUUAUAUCAAUUCCAUGUUUAAAGCCAGGUUUUUAACCAUAUAUUUUACUUUUUUAUUGGGUUGUAGAAUUUUAGUAACCAUUAAAUUUAUUUUAAAUUGUAUUAUAAAAGAAAAUGAAUUGUGUAUUAUCCAGUAUUACUCAAAUUGUAUUACUUAACGUUAUGCUACUUUCAUAUUGGAAAUAGUGCAGUAAAUCUUCCACUAUUUAUUAUUACUGUAUACCAGUGAUUUCAUUUUGUAUAUUCAUUUAAUUUGACCAUUAUGUUACAAAGUAGUACAAGAAACUGAUAUGAAACUGGUUGAUGUUUAAUCCCAUGCAAAGAUUAUCAUCAAAAAUAAUAAAUAAAAAACAAAUUUGGGGACAUUGGCAUUGUGAUUUAAUGAAAAACAACUGCUACAUUAUUGAUUAUUGGUAUUUUCUUUAACUCAUUGUCAAUUUAACAAGCUAAUUAUUCACUCAAUUUCAGAUAUACUCACAAAUUAAAUUACAAAUAUGUUGUAUUUGUGGCAGGUAGCUUGCUUCUGGCAGUGAAAUACAACUGCACAUUUUUCAGAUUUUGAUUUUAAAUAUUUUUCACAAUGCAUGCAAAACUCUGGGUCAUAUUUCACAAUGUUCGAUCAAUAAUGUUGGACUUGUACUACUUAUAUAGUUGUAUAUAUUGUACUUUUUAUGGCAUUUAUUUAUUGUGAUGGCUUAUUUGUUAUAUAGUAUUUAUUUUGACCUACAUUUUUCUGCCAUGUUCUUUGUUACUGACUGCUUGAUUGACUGACUGACUGACUGACUAACUGACUGACUAACUAACACAGGGUUUUUCUUAUUGUAUCACCCAGAUUGUUUUUCUUAUCAAUUUCUUAUCUAAAAGAGAAAAUCCCUAAUUGACAUGUAUGCUUCAUGACCAUAAUUUGUGUGUUAGCUUUGUGUACAACAACUAUCAAUUGGUCUGCUUUGCAUAAGUUCCAACCCUCCUAUUCUGAGUGGGAAACUUUUGUUUUAAAGCUUUCACUCACAGUUUUCGGUCUACCAUUAUUGAUAAAAAAAAUGCAGUUUUUUCAUAUAUUUUUUUAAUUAUCAUAUAACCAUAAUAGUGAUUUCCCUAGAAAUUUGGCACGGCAUGGUAGAUCAAACACUUUUGGGGCAUUUUCACCA